AUGCCAAUUGCAAAAAUUGCCCCCUCGGUGCUCUCCAGCGACUUUGCACAACUAGCAUCCGAAUGCCACCGCAUGAUAAAAGAGGGUGCGGAUUGGUUACACAUGGCUGGUGCAUCAAUGUACACAUUUCACAUUGAAGCAACAGAUAAACCACUCGAACUGAUUGACAAAAUCCAUAAAGCUGGGAUGAAAGCAGGCGUUGCUGUAAAGCCGAACACGCCUAUAGAUAAAGUCUAUGAUCUAGCCGAUAAAAUAGACAUGUGUCUAGUGAUGACAGUAGAACCUGGAUUCGGAGGUCAGAAGUUUAUGACUGAUUGCGUUCCAAAGGUUAAAGCUCUUCGUGAACAAUUUCCCAAUUUAGAUAUAGAAGUAGAUGGAGGGAUAUCACUUGAAAAUAUUGAUCAAGCAGCCGAAGCAGGCGCAAAUGUUAUUGUUGCGGGAACUUCAAUCUUUAAAGCUAACGAUCCAAAAGAUACAAUAACAAAAUUUCGUGAAAAAGAAAUUACAAUGGAUUUCGACGAAGACCUGUUUCCUUUGAGGCCUCAAAAAGUAGGCGAGGAAAUACUCAAUCAAGACUUAAAAGCUCAAGAGGCGUUAAGGCGUGAGAGAGAAGAAGCGGAAAGAAAGUUAGAAGUUUGGGUUUCUGCAGCGAAAAAUGAGAAAUACUAUAUCAAUUCUUUUCGAAUAGAAGGAGCAAAAAAAACUCGGCCUUGGCUUUUCGAAGCUGUAUUGAAUCGUGCAUUAAAGGCGAAAACUCUAGGCGAUGUCAUUCAGUCUACUAGCCAAGCGACAUCGAAUCUAUCACGAUUAGAUAUAUUUAAGGAGAUUGAUGUUUUGCUAGAUACUUCUGAUGAUCCACUGGCAUCACCAGGAGCUCUUGAUGUAACAAUAGCUCUGGAAGAGAAAAAUCGAUUUUGGGUAAAGACUGGCACGGAGAUUGGCAAUGAGGCUGGAAGCGCGAAUAUCUCCUUAAAUAUAAGGAAUGUAUUUGGCGGUGCCGAAACUCUCGAGACUUACAUGUCGGCAGGCACUCAAGUGUCACAUGUGUUCGAGUUCUGUUUAGCAAAACCAAUCAAUGGAAACCCAGACUCCAAGAUUGACCUUUCUGCCUUUAGCUUAACUAGAAAUAAUCAGCCUUAUAGUUCGCAUGAUGAAAUAUUGAGAGGUGCUGCGUUACGAUGGAAGGUAUAUUCGAGACUCGGAUUUCAUGAGUUCAUGGUUGGAUCCACGUGGAGACAAAUUUGCAAUAUUGCUGAUAAUGCAACUUUAAGUAUAAGGGAAUCAGCAGGUCAUUCCUUGAAAUCGUCAUUUACGCAUGUUUUUAUACGUGACAAUCGAGAUGACAUAAUGCUUCCAUCACGAGGAUAUUACCUGAAACUUUCUCAGGAAUACGCAGGCCUAGGUGGCGAUAUAGAUUUUAUUAAGCACGAACUUGAAAGUCAGAUAAACUACAAUCUUGGAAAAGGAUUUAUCUUCAGUGCAUCAUUGAGAAAUGGAUUGCUGUACCCUUUAGAUGGGAAGCCCUCAAAAAUCAGCGAUAGAUUUUUCCUGGGGGGAGUUCAAUCGAUACGAGGCUUUAGGUUAAAUGGCAUUGGUCCCAUAGAAGAUAAGAAGGAUUCGCUCGGCGGUGAUAUUUAUUUAGCUGGUGGUGCAAGUCUAUUUACACCGUUGCCGAGAGUUCGUCGAUUGCAAUUGAAAGGGCAUUUAUUUAUAAAUGGAGGAAACUUGGUUCAGUUACAUCAAAGAUUACCUUUAUAUGAUAAUAUUCGACGGCUUGGAACAGCUCCAAGCGUUGCAACCGGUUUUGGUAUCGUUUAUCGAAGCAGUCUUUUACGAUUUGAACUGAAUUUCUGUUUACCCUUAAUUGCAACCACAACUGACAAAGUGAAAAAAGGAUUCCAGUUGGGCUUGGGUUUUAAUUUCUGGUGA